AUGGUGGCUGCUGACCAACAGGGCUGCUGCCACGGUCGUCACCACGGUCGGUACCACAGUCGGUACCACGGUGGGGGCGACAAUUCGUUGGCUCGCGCCUACGCAACGGCUGCGGAGUUCCAGCAAUUGAGCGAAGAACUUAACCCCUUCAGCGCCCAUAAUUUGACGCGAGGCUACGGCGUCGUUGACCCCAUUACUCUGCUGAGCGUCGGCUUCGCAGCCGUCGUCAUCUGCAUCGGAGGCAUCGCCGUCAUGAACUCCUCCUCCAGACGCAGACGCAGACCGCGCUAG